AAAAUGGCUCAAAACGAGAGAAAUGGUGUAAACCUGAAGACUAACUCUGAAGCAAUGUUUAAUAAGUUUGUGGUCCUCAUUGGUGUGGCGUUUGGAUCAGCAAUAUUGGCAGUAAUGAUACUAAUCAAUGAACAGUUACCACAGCCAUACAUGGAUGAGAUAUUUCACGUUCAACAGACACAGGCCUAUUGCAAAGGCAACUUCACUCAGUGGAACCCUAAGAUAACGACCCCUCCGGGCCUAUACCUGACAACAUUGGGUUUUCUUAAACCAUUCUCCGAGUUGUACGCCUUUGGCGAAGAAGACGAAACAAAGAUUUGUCCGCUUAUUAUCCUUAGGUUAAUGAAUGUCAUCUUCACCUGUGCUAACAGUUAUCUAAUAUAUUUAAUAUCAAUUCAAAUGCAUCGGUUUGCACCGAGAACUUCCAAACUUAAGUUACUGUUUUCAUCGGUGUCUUUGGCAUCACUUCCGCCACUAUUUUUCUUUUCCUUUCUUUACUAUACAGAUCCGGGUUCUCUAUUCUUCGUGUUACUCAUGUAUAUGUUUGAUGUCAAUGAAUAUGAAUGGUUAGCCGCUCUUUUCGGCGGAAUAUCUUUGCUCUACAGACAGACCAAUAUAGUCUGGAUUUUCUUUUUGGCCGCACAUACCAGCCUUAAGAUAUACAACAGAAAUGGUGACAAAUCAAAGAAGAGGUCAAUAGUAAAGUCGUUUAUUCAGGCGAYGCCACAGAUUAUGCUAAUCUGUGGCGGAUAUGCAUUGGAUGGCAUAAUAUUUAUGGCAUUUCUUAUCUAUAACAAGGGUAUAGUAUUAGGCGACCGGUUAUCUCACGAAGCAGUCUUGCAUUUGGCACAAAUGCCAUACUUUUUAGGUUUUGUAACAUUUUUUGGCUUUCCCUGGCUUUUCAACGCAACAAAUAUCAAAAAGUUUAUAUCGUUAUCAAUGAGAUAUCCUGUGAGACUGAUGGUCAGUGCUGUAUUCAUGGGUGUCAUAAUCAACCAGUUUUCCUAUACUCAUCCCUAUUUGUUGGCCGAUAACCGACACUACACUUUCUAUAUAUGGAAGCGUAUUCUGGGAAGGGAUGGAUCGCUAGUGCCGUACGCUGUGAUUCCUAUCUAUAUCUAUACGGCUGUAACAAUGUUUCAAUUAUUGCAACGAAAAGACUCAAUAUUUAAGAUAUUAUUAAUUAUGUGUACAUUGGUCUCAAUAGUGCCGCAAAAGUUGUUUGAAAUGCGAUAUUUUGUGCCGGCGUUUGUCAUUUGGCGGCUAAAUAUUGCACCGACUAAUGGUUUAGCGCUAACUCUCGAGUUUAUAUUAUUUUCAUUUGUUAACGCUUUUACUAUCUAUAUGUUUGUAUUCAAUACAUUCAAAUGGCCUCAAAAUAAUGACUUACAAAGAUUUAUGUGGUGA